AUGAAAACGAUGCAAGGGCGGUAUGAAAAAGUUCUUCGUUCUCAGGUUCAUCCAAAAGAACUGGACAUUAUAAAUCUCUGCGUCCAUCGUCCAGAAUUGGAGCUAGUGCAGUUGUCAAAUAGCUGCAAAAUGGUACAGCGAUUAACGUUUAGACGACGAUUGUCGUACAAUACCAAGUCAAACCAGAGGAGGAUAGUACGUACUCCUGGUGGUCGACUUGUAUAUCAAUAUGUCAAAAAGCCCAAGAAGAUCCCAAGAUGUGGCCAGUGCAAAAGCAAAUUGAGAGGUAUCCAACCUGCCCGGCCAGCUGAACGUUCCAGACUCUGCUACCGUAAGAAAACAGUGAAACGUGUUUACGGAGGUGUACUGUGCCACAAGUGUGUUAAACAGCGUAUUGUGCGAGCUUUCCUUAUUGAAGAACAAAAAAUUGUUAAAGUCCUUAAGGCACAGCAAGCAACUGCACGGGUUGGCAAAAAGGCUGCAAAGUGA